AGUUUUCUCCUGGCGGUGACCGAGACAGGUGAUGAGUUAGUCCAUUGGUGUCCAGUCAUGGCCCAGCGGGCGAUCUGGCUGGUGAGUCACGAACCAGGAACCCCGCAUGGUGGGACCGUGAGAUUCUCCAGAAGGUAUCCCACUGUUGAAAAACGAGCCAAAACCUUCAAUGGAUCAAGUUAUGUGCCUCUACCAGAAGAUGAAUCCUUCUGCAAAGCUCUGCUUUUUGAACUCAGGUUAUUAGACGAUGAUAAGGACUUUGUGGAGAGCCGAGAUAGCUGUUCACGAAUCAGCAAAGCUUCAGUCUAUGGACUUCCAAUAGGAGGAAGAGAACUGUGGCCUGUUCUUGCCCUUCAGAAGAAUGGCUUGAUUUACGUUAGUGUUCCACUAGUUGAGCAAACUUUGUCUCCUUACCCACCACUCAUUAGCAUUAGUGGAAUUUCACAAGCCUUUGAUCUACUUUUUGGAUUGAUUGAUUUUCUCGACUCUGGGCCCAAGACUGAAGCUGAUAUAAGUACGAAAGUGAGCCAACUACCUGAUUUGCUCUUGCAUGUUUGUCCAUUUGGCACUUUGUUGGAUGUCAACUUUUUAUUAGAUAAUUUUAGUAAUCUUUCAAUAAAUCAAAGCCCAAAACAACCAGCAUGGAAAGCCAGUACUUACAAAGGAAAGCCACAAGUUGCUGUUUCUAUCACUGAAAAAGUUAAAUCCAUGCAGUAUGAUAAGCGGGAUGUAGCAGAUAUGUGGCAGGUCUAUGGAACUAUAACAUGUAAGUGUGAUUUGGAAGGAGUCAUGCCAAAUGUUACAGUCAGUUUGAAUCUCCCCACCAAUGGAUCUCCACUUCAAGAUAUUCUGGUGCAUCCUUGUGUGACUUCCCUCGACUCCGCUAUUCUUACUUCCAGUAGUGUUGAUAUAAUGGAUGAUUCUGCAUUUAGUGGGCCUUACAAAUUUCCAUUCACACCUCCUUUAGAGUCAUUCCACUUGUGCUAUUAUACAUCUCAGGUGCCUGUCCCACCAAUUUUGGGAUUUUACCAACUGAAGGAAGAAGAUUCACAGUUAAAAAUAACCGUCCAUUUAAAACUUCAUGAAAGUGUGAAAAAUUGCUUUGAGUACUGUGAAGCUCAUAUACCUUUUUAUAACAGAGGCCCAAUCACCCAUUUGGAAUACAAAGUUAGUUUUGGCCAAAUAGAAGUAUUACGAGAGAAAAGCUUAUUAAUCUGGGUUAUAGGGCAAAAGUUCCCCAAAUCACUGGAAAUUAAUCUUUCUGGGACUGUGAAUUUUAGUACUAUGGGUCAUCAGAAGCAACCAGUUGACACUAUUUGCAUUGGGGGUACAGCAUAUGUAAAACUUUAUUUUAGGAUCCCAGAUUACACACUCACUGGGUGUUAUGCAGAUCAACAUUCAGUUCAAGUGUUUGCAUCAGGAAAACCUAAAAUAACUACAUACCGGGAAUUGAUUUCAUCUGAUUACUACAUCUGGAAUUCCAAAGCCCCUGCACCAGUAGCAUAUAGAUCAUUAUUUCUGUAAUCUGUAAUUUUUUUAAAAGGAAAAUUUAAGUCAUAUUAACAUAGUUACAAUAAAAUUACCAUCUUUUACUUUUUAACGUGUACAUUUCUCUUCAGUGGGAAUGAAUCAUGGAUCAAUUUCUUUUUUUAAAUGGUAAUGUUUUAAAAGAAAACAUUUUAAAAGCUCAUUUUCUACUCUGUUGUCUUUUCAUGGUUUCCUUGAAAAAGAUAAAGCACACAAUGGAAAAGAAUAUGGUUUAAUGGAAAGAGCCUUGGAUUCGAAGCCAGAGUACAAGGGUACAGAUCCCAACCCUGCUACCAGUAGGACCUUAGGCAAGUCACUUAAUCUCUCCCUGGCCUCAGUUUUCUCCUUUGUAAAAUAAGGAAGUUGGACUCUAUUGUCUGUAAUAGUGAUUUUUUUUUUUUAGGCUGUGUAUUUCAGCAUCUUGCACAGGGUGAGCCCCUCAGUCAGUGUAAGCUGAUGUUGGUAGUAGUGGCUGCAUUAGAAACAAUAGCUCUCUUGGAUGUGGAGUCUUAUAAAAGAAGGAGAUGGUUUUAAUGUAAAAUUGUUAAUGUUAGUCAGAACUUUCCUCCUUAUAAGAAACUGCAUAAUUCAGUUGAAGAUGUUUAUCUUUGUUCUCUGACUCCUUUUAAAGUGUACUCAUUGAUCUUCCAUAAUUAAGUUUUUUCUGCAGAAUGAUAUUGAGUAUGUUAAAGGGCAAUAAAAACCCCACUCUAUAAGAAAGGCUUGAUGACUUGCUGCUUUUCUGUCUUAAUUUUUUAGAGAUGUAUUUGAAUAUAUGUUGCUUUUAUGCUUGAAUUGCAUUCAAGAAUUCAGUGAUUAAUAAAUUCAUGUAAAAAACCAUACUUUGUAUAGAAAGUAGUUACCAUUUCAGUUACAUAUAGUGUAUUAUCUUUAUCUCCUUUUCUCUGAUUUCCAUGAUAUCUUUUCUUUUUUUCAUAAUCCAUCCAAUCUUGCUGUUCUUUCCACCAUUGUUCUUUCUCUAUUCUUUGUUAUCUUUUUUCUCAAUAACUAAUAAAUAGUAAUGCUGACUUUAGCUGAUAAGAAUUUAGUUUGAAUCUCUCAAGCCUAAGUAUUUUUUCAUGUUUGUGUCUUUAAAACUAAAUGUCACAAACAGAAUACUCCUUUAGAAAAUGACUAAAUACUGAUGACAAAUACUUUUAUGAUACUUUGCUUUUUAAGAUUCUAAUAAGAAAAAUAUUGCAUAAAUCUACUUGCUCUUUUAAAGAAGAGCAAUAGAAUGACUCGAGGGUAGCCUGGAACCUCAAGAUUUGAAAUAACUGAUUCUUCAUUAUUAUCAAUGAUACUAACCCAUUAUUAAUGACAACUGGCCUUUUUAGAAGGGAAAAAAACCUUUUUAUACAGUAAGGUUGAACUCUCUUAUGCUGUAGGAACUACAGUGUAGUGCACUACCAACUAAAUAUCAGCAUCAAAAACUAAACCAUCUGGAAGGCUUUACUGGUUUUCAGCCAACCACCUAAUUUUACAUAAGUUGAGCAAAGUACUAUGAGUUAAGUAUGAGAUUCAUAGUGGUUAGUGGGAAAUUUUAAUGUGAUCGAUCUCUUUUUAGAAAACUUUAAAGAGAAGCCAUGAUUCUCUAAUUUGAAACCAAUUCUAGAAACCUGAAGAUAUAAAGAAAUAUGAAAAUUAUGGGGGGAAGGAAAUGUGAUACCAUCAGUUGCCUUUCAGAACACUACAGAACUAAAACCAAUUCCUAUUUUCAUCCCAUUGAGAUCAGCUGGGUACACUGUGAUACGUUUGAUUUUGUCUAGAAACUUGUCACUUCAGGAUAAUUUCUGAAGACAAAGUCUAUUUCCCAUUUUGUAGGUAACCUGUUUAAUGUUUUCCCUGUGUCUGGGAACUCCUUAGUGUAAUUAGCGACCUUUGAACUCCACAACUAAUCCUGAGCUAUUUUGUAUUCCUUACUCAUCUUUAAGGCUGGACCUUUCUUUUCUUUAGAGUCCCUUCCACAAUUAAAGAAGAAACAGCUGCAUUUCAAAGGGAUUCCGAUUCUAGAAGCUUAAUCGUGAUUGACAUGUUCUUAUUCUAAGCUAUAAGACGCUCUAAGAGUCCUUUCUUGGGUUAAAACUUCAAUCAUUUUCUAAAAAAUUAUCUCAAUAUGGAUUUUAUUCAUUUUCUUUGAUAACCAUUCUUUGCAUUUUUUUAAAACUUGAAAGAUGCUUUGGAUUUCCAAUGAAUACAAGAAUUGCUUUCAAUGAAAGACUGAAUCAUAUUGGAGCUAGUCUAGAUGGAAAAGUAACUAAAUUACUUUUAGUGUCAAAAUAUGAUUAUGAAAUCUGAUGUCUGCUAUAUAGUUAGCUUCUUCAUGGUGCCUAACAGGUAAUGAAGGUAUAAAACUUCUAGAGAAUGACCAUUAGAAAAAAAUAUUUAUGACAUUAAUAAUUUAACUUGUCCUUUUAAUCUCAAAAUUUUAUAUUUUUAAAUUUCUGAAGCUAAUACAUAUGCUUCAACCUUGGGUUGAUGAUUGCAUCAACUAAUGUAUCUUUUGGUCUUUCAAUAUCUGACAUGAAUGAAUAUUUUCUUCACCUGUUGUAAACAUUGUCAGAGAACUUUAUGAGAGUUAUUUCUAGAUAAUGGCUGUUGCUCUAAGUAUUAUAAUUCCAUUAUUAUAGAUUCCAGACUGCAUUAAAAUGUCAAACCUGUGUAUAAUAGUUGUGAUUU